AUGUCGACGACGGCGACACCAACAAAACCGUUUGAAUUCAUUUCUUCUUCUCUUUCUCUUUCUUCGAACAUUUCUUUUUCAAGAAGACUUAUAGGAGAAGAAGAACAGCAUCAUCGUCAUCGUCAUCGUCGCAGGGUGGUUCCUCCUCCGUGUCAUCAUCAUCGUCAUCGAAAAGUGAGAACGUUUGCUGCUGCGUCUUCAUCAUCCUCCGACGACGAUGGAGGAGGAGGAGGAGGAGGAGGAAACAAAUCAUCAACUUUCGCAGAAGAAGAAGAAGAAUUCUCAUCAGACUCGAACAUCGUCGACUUGGAACUGCACGUGGAAGCGAGACAGUCCUAUCUGGCGUACGCGAUGUCCGUGAUCGUCGGGAGAGCGUUACCGGACGUGAGAGAUGGAUUAAAACCAGUCCAUCGACGCAUUUUGUACGCCAUGCACGAGUUGAAUUUAGAUCACAACAAACCGUUUAAAAAGUGCGCGAGAGUCGUCGGGGAAGUUUUGGGGAAGUUUCACCCGCACGGGGAUCAGUCGGUGUACGACGCGCUGGUGAGAAUGGCGCAAGAUUUUUCCAUGUCCGCGCCGCUGGUGAAUGGACACGGGAAUUUUGGGAGCAUGGACAACGAUCCGCCGGCGGCGAUGAGGUACACGGAGUGUAAACUCAGACAGUUGUCGCAAGAUAUGCUGCUGAAAGACGUGGAGAUGGAUUGCGUGGAGUUUGCGGAUACGUUCGAUGGGUCGCAACAAGAGCCGAUGGUGUUGCCGGCAAAGCUACCGAACGUGUUGAUUAAUGGGAGCACGGGGAUUGCGGUCGGGAUGGCGACGAGCAUACCGCCGCAUAACUUGAUGGAAGUGGCGGACGCGUUGGUGGUCUUCGCCAGAGCGGCGCAAAAAGGAGAGCAAGUGAAAUUGGAAGAGUUGUUGAGAGUCAUGCCAGGGCCGGAUUUUCCCACCGGUGGGGUUAUAUUUGCCGAUAAUAAGGACGCUAAUAAUGAUAAUAAUAAUAACGACAAAAACGAUAGUGGUAGAAGUACUAGUAAUAGGAACGCGCUGAGAAAUUUGUACCGCGACGGAAGAGGCGGGGUGACUUUGAGAGGCGUGGCAGAAAUUGUACCAAGGACAAAAGUUUCCAGCCGGAAAAGAAGUGGGAAAACGGCAAAGAAAGACGAUAAAGCAGCGGCGGAGAAAAGUCUGGACAGAGAUAUCGUCAUCUCGUCGAUUCCGUAUAUGCAAAACAAAGCGACUUUAGUGCAACAAAUCGCGGAUUUGGUAAAUAAUCGGCAGAUUGAAGGCGUCGCGGACGUGCGCGAUGAAUCGGACCGAGACGGCGUCCGCGUCGUCGUCGAGAUGAAGAGAAGUGGUGACGCAGAAGCCGUGCUGAAUUCGUUGUAUAAAAGGACAAAAUUGCAGGUGAAAGUGAACGUGAACGUCACGGCGCUCGUCGGUUUGACGCCAAAAGUUUUGGGGUUGAUGGAAGUGAUGCAAGAGUUUUUAGAUUUUCGCAUCGAUGUCAUACGUAAACGCGCGAUGUAUUCGUUAGAAAAGGAUCGAGCGAGAAUGCACAUCGUCGAAGCGCUUCUGACGGUUCUCGAAGAUACCGACGCGGUGAUCAAGAUGAUCCGAAAAUCAAAGGACGGGAAAGAAGCGAUGGAAAAUUUACGAGAAAUGAAGGGACUGACUACGGUUCAAUCGGAAGCGGUUUUACAAAUGCCUUUGAGGCGUUUGACGAGUUUAGAAUCAGGAAAGCUCGUCGAGGAGCGCGAUCAGCUUUUGAGUUCUAUCAAAGGAAAUCAAAACCUACUCGACAACACGUCGGCGGUGAUUGACGUCGUUUGCGAGGAAGCGUUGGAGGUGAAAAAGAAACACGGCAUCCCGCGAAGAACAACAAUUGAAACCGAUACGAGUUCAUCGAUUGAAGUUGAGCACGAAAUACCAAACAACGAUUCGUUGAUCAUAAUGUCCUCGCGAGGGUACAUUAAGAGAACGAGACCGGAAACGUUCAAAGCUCAACGAAGAGGGACGCGAGGGAAAUCAAUGUCAAAAUUGAAGGGGUCGGAUUCCAUCGCGAAAGUAAUGCACGCGAAAGAUUUAGAUCGUGUAUUUUUCUUCACCGAUAAAGGGAACGUUUUGACGGUGAGAGCUUUUGACAUUCCCGAGGCGUCUACUACUGCGCAAGGAACGCCGUUUACUAGAUUUGUCGACAUCGAUAAGGGAGAAUCGAUAACUGCCAUUUUAAGCUUAGAACCUUCCGCUUUGAUGAAGAAGAAAACGCCGAAUGAGCCGCAAGAAGGAGAAGACGAAGACGAAACCUUCCUGGUCAUGAUUACGCUUAACGGCGUGAUCAAGAAAGUCUCCGCGAAGGAAUUUGCUAGCAUCAAAAGAAAUGGGAAGAGAGCGAUUGCUUUGGACGAAGGCGACAAGUUGAAACAAGUUUUAGUCGCCAAAAAUGGUGAUUCCGUUUUAGUUGGCGCCACAGACGGUACGCUGAUUCGUUUUGACGUUGACUCGGUGCGAAAGUUAGGCAGAAUGUCCAGAGGUGUCCGCGCGAUCUCUUUGAAGGAGAUCAAAUCGUCGUCGAAAGAAGCCUCGAAAGCUAAAGGGGUAGAGGAGGACGACGACGACGAAAACGACGACGACGACGACGACGAUUUCAUAAUCCAAGCCGAAGACGAUGAAGAUGACGAAGGCGAUGAUAACGAAGAAGAAGAACAAGAAGAAGAGAAUGACAUUCUAGAUUUUGGUAACGACGACGAUGAACCUUUGGUGGCGUCUGUGGAACAUUUUGAAGGGGGCGCGGCGAAAGUCGCCGGUAUGGCGAUCAUUCAAAAAUCAGAAAUCGAUCGCGAAGGACCGUGGGUAGUAUUCGUGUCUGAAAAAGGUCGCGGCAAACGAGUGAAAGUUUCCGAUUUUAAGACGCAAAUCAGAGGUGGCGCGGGGAUACGAGGCAUCAAGUUUAACAGCGGGGAUUCUUUAGCUGCUUUUGCGUUGAUUGGGAAAACGGACGACGAUUCGAUAGAAGAAGCUAUCAUCGUUGGCUCGCAGCUCGGCGUCGCGAACAGAUUUCAAUGCGCGAGCAUACCCGAGAUGGGAAGAUACGCAAAAGGAGGGACGCUCAUGAAACUCAAAAAAGAAGACGCGAUCAAAAGUUUUGCCGUGAUUCCGGCAGCCACCGCGGAAUAG